CGCUGUUACGCAACCCUAGAAAAUUUCACUCUUCCAAAGUUGUAAAGUUGUGCAAUGUCUCGUCGAGAUGGUCGAGAUUCGGACUCUAGACGACACCGUUAUGGGUUUGACCGUGAACCCGGUCCUAAGAGGUCUAGGAGAGAUGGGCAGCCUCAGACCGAAAGAGUUGUGUCCAACACUGAUAUCGGAGACAGGCCUCACCACGGCGAGAAACAGCGCCGUCGGUUGCAAGAUGCUGUGCCCCUUGAAGUGGCGCCGACAGCUCCUGAUUCUUCUAAGGUUGAAAGUGCAAUCGUGAGCAAGGAAUCUGAUCGGAAAAGUAAUGGGUACCACGAAGGAACUAAACCUUCUUCUGAUCCAACUGACUUGCCCCGCUCCCGAUCAUAUUUUCAGCAUGAUGAACGACGUAGUGCCACACAAGCAGGUCAAAGUUAUGGUCGGAGAGCGGCUUCUGAGCGUAAAGAUCGUGAAUGGUGGAGGGAUGCGAAGGAUCAUCAUAAUGAAAGGGAAACUAAAACAUUUGAAACGAGGCAAAGAGAUGAGAAACCACAAGCCAAAGGGGAUGGCAAAGAUGAUUGGCGCCAUGACAGAUUCUCUGAAAUGAGGGCUGAUCCUCUGCCACAGCCACCACCUACCAGUAAACGACCUGCAUUUAGCGAGAAGAAGGUCCUGGCAGCAACUCAAUCGACUGACUAUGAAGAUAAGGAAUCAGAAAAGGCGACUCAUUCUCGCCACCAUGCUUUAGGAAGUAAAAGAAGAGUGGAAAGGGACAACAACCACCGACAUUUGGACAGACUCACUGCUAGAGAUCAGAUUGUGAGCGGAAGAGAAGUACCUAGAGGUGGAUUUGUAUCGCAUGAAAGGCAUGAAGGUGGUAGCAUUUUCAAUGGAAGAGAUAGAUUAAGUGGAAGGCAGGGGUAUCGCUCAGGUGGCCCUCGUGUUGAGAAGUGGAAGCAUGAUUUGUUUGAUGAGGCCAGCAAGAGCCCUUUCAGACACAGAACGAAGAGGACCAGAUUGCGAAGGUGGAAUCACUCUUGGAAUCUUAGAGCACAAGUUAUGAUAUUAAGUGGCCCUUUGAUUUAAUUAUCAAAAGGUUAGUAGUGAAACCUUUUUUAGUGCCCAUUUUGUACCUUUUAUAUUGUAUUUCAGGCACAGAGUUUGUCUAUAUGUGAAUGAUUAUAACUUUAUUUUCGCAAUGGAAUGAUAGAAUUUGGACAA